AUGGCACCCGUUGCAGACACCAGGCACACCUCCGCAUUGGAGCUCGCGGCUCUCAAGGACAAUCUCACCUUGAUGGCCACCUCGAAGAAAGAGCUCGAACUCAUCAAGACGGACCCUGCCGCCCCGGGUCCCGGCAUGGCACUCAUUCACAUUCGCGCCACAGGAGUGUGCGGGUCUGACGUGCACUUCUGGAAGCACGCCGGGCUGGGUCCGUGGAAGAUCGAGUCGCAGUGUGCGCUCGGUCACGAAUCCGGCGGCAUCGUCAUUGCUGUCGGCGAAGGCGUCGACAACGUCGCUCCUGGUGACCGCGUGGCUAUUGAGCCCGGUGUGCCAUGCUUCAAGGCGACGUGCGAUUACUGUCGUACAGGCAAGUACAACCUGUGCCCCACGGUUGAUUUCUACUCGGUUCCGCCUAAGGAUGGAACGCUCAAGCGAUAUCACGAGCAUCCCGCCGGCUGGCUGCACAAGGUGCCGGACAACAUGUCGUACGAGGAGAUCGCCCUGCUCGAGCCUCUCAGUGUCACACUGCAGGCCACGCUGCAGGCCGAGGUCUCGCUCGGCACACCCGUCCUCAUCACCGGUGCCGGUCCCAUCGGCAUUGUGCAGCUCCUCUGUGCUUCCGCAGCAGGUGCGACGCCCAUCGUCAUCACCGACGUCGUCCAGGACCGUCUCGACUUUGCCCAGAAAGUCGUCCCCGGCACCUUUACUUACCAGAUUGACCCGAAGAAGUCUCCCACCGAACUCGCCGCCGGAAUCUGCCAGGUGUUUUCCAAGGCGACCGGGAAACACGUUGCGGAAGGCCAAAAAGACGUGCAGCCCGCUAUCACGAUGGAGUGCACCGGCAUCGAAAGCUCCGUACAGACUGCCGCCUACGCUACCGCCUCCAGCGGUCUCGUCUUCGUCAUCGGAGUAGGCGCUAACUUCCAGCAGAUCCCGUUCAUGCACCUUUCCACAAACGAGAUUACCUUGAAGUUCCUCUUCCGGUACAGAGACACGUGGCCACGCGCCAUCCGUCUCGUCAGCAGCGGCAAGAUCGACGUCAAGCAGAUCGUGACCAGCAGGUUCCCCUUGGAGAAGGCAAAGGAGGCCGUGGAGCACGCUGCUGACCGGACCACAUUCAGUGUCAAGACUAUCAUCUAUGAUGAUGAGGAGUGA